UUUGACGCAGAACAAUCCAGAGUUCACUCCUCUGCAGGAGAAGAUCGAUCUUUAUUGACAGUGCACAACCCACAGUUUGCGCAUGCUUUAUUUUCUCAGCUACUUCUCCAGAUACUCCUUCGUCUCUCGUUGCUCGUUUCAUUUCACCGUUGUGUCUUCCGUUCACUCUCUCUCGUCCCCCCUUUCCUCUUUUACUCCCUCUCACACACUCUUUUCAAUACCACGCUCCUCUGUCUAUCUUUUCUUUCGCUACAUUCUCUCAGUCGCACCCCUGGCAACCACCAUGCCGCCCCGAUCGCGCCCUAUUCUCUUGCGCGUAUUCCACUCACCUUGUCCCCGCUCACUCGGCCACGGUCUGUCUCAGUGUCUACGUUACAGGCCGGAACUGCUCUCGAGUCCCACCUGCCUUUAUUCCUCGUCGUUUUUGUUUUUUUUGCACCGACCCUCAGUUGCUCGCCUACUCUUAUUUUUGCCGGCCUUGCUAGCACUACAGCGCUCAUCCACUCACCUUCUUUCUCCUUGUCUCCACCCUCCCUGCCACGUCGUCGCUGAUUUCAUCUUCGAACACUUCUUCCAUUCCUCUUUCCUCUCUAGCAUUCGACUACUCGCUCGUCCAUUUCCUUUCUUGCAUUCGACUGACCCUCUGCAUUGCUCUCGAUUCUUUUUGUUGCUUCCUACCUCUCGCCUUCACUUGCAGCCUCUUGUCAAUUACUCAUUCCUUUCUCCCCACUCUUCAUGUCACACGACCAAACCCUUUUGCACUAUGGGCUGUGCCAGACCAAAGAAUGCAAUGUCGUCGGUUAGAAAACUUUGGGUGCCAAGUUUGCGAAGACCACACGGCCCAAGCGCAGGAUGAAACGCCACAUAGUGUUGGACCUGUCCCUAUCAACCAGAUCUAUCAUUUCCUAGCUCUGACGCCACAGCGUAUCAUUUGGAAGGCAUCCAGUACCUGAGCACGGCAGCAAAAAACCUUCCGUUCUCGACUUUUAUCAUCAACAUCUUCGGACGGCAUGUCUCUACCAACAUCAACUGCACUGCAGGUUCAGGUUGGGCGAGUACGUGUCAACCUUCACCCAAAAAAA